AUGGCGGACCCCGGGACGUGCGUCGAGCGCGUCACCGCGGCGUCGAUGACCUCCGCGGCGUUCGGUGCGGUGGUCGGGUGCGCGCGCGCGGCGUGGGGGGCGGAUGCGCCCGCGGUGGUGCGCGCGCGCGCGCUCCCGGCGGUGACGAAGACGGUGACCGCGCUCGCGGCGAGCGCGGCGCUGUUCGGUGCGAUCGGUGGGACGUACGCGGGCGUGACGUGCGCGUCGGAGGAGGCGAGACAGUCGAGAGACGCGUGGAACGGGGCGCUGGGGGGGGCGAUGAGCGGCGUCGUGGUAGGUUUGCGAAACGGCUCGCUCGCGCACGCGGCGAGCGCGGGCGCGGCGUUCGCCCUCGCCUCCGUCGCCGUCGACGCGAGCGGUCGGAAGAUUUCUUUCGGUGAUGAGUGGGAGGACGGGGCGACGCCGAAACGGAUCUCGAUACCGUACCGAUAG